GUUUCUUCGUUUCGAGCUACGGGGACGUUUUCUUCGUUUCGAGCUACGGGGAUGCUCUUUUUUUCCGUCAUACGGUCGUCGUAAUAAGCAAAAGGUAUAAUACAGAAACUGACAACGUUUCGCUCCUUUCCACGAUUCUUGUUGGCCCGCACCGUCCGGAAGUUAGGUGAAGUGCAUAUCGCGCGCUCUCUACUGCAUAUUAUAGAAAAGGCUUUUUAACAAGCCGGAAUAGGGAAACCUUUCAUUCCUUGUACACUGGGCGCUACGACCGGGGCGUCGGAUGUAAUAAGCUGCUUGACUGCCUUAGCUUCCUGCCGCUUUGAAGUCGUCAUGGCGGAACAUCGGCUGUUAUGGCGCUCCGACUUUGACGGAAUUGCCUUAACUUGGACGGUGGGGCGAACCGGCGAUGUGCCUCGCGACUUCUGGCCUGCAGCAGCGGCCGCUGCACAAGCAGUCGUCCUUCGAGGACAUACCGGCCUUCGUGGCAUGUUACUCACUAGCAAAUUCGCUGCUGAUAAUUGGGUGAUUGAGGCGGUUCAGCGUUGCUUUGGUCCCCAUGUUGCGGAUUCAGCAGGCGAGAUCCGGGCAGCGUUGUGUGUGACACGAGAUGAGCUUCACGCUGCCGCCGGUGGCUUGAAGGGCCUGCUGCUCCGGUUACGCGCCGCUGGGCAGCCAGGCCGUGUGUGGGCGUGUGCCCUGUUGCUGCGACUGCAGAAAGGGGCUGCCCGCCAUCUACAGGCGGCCUUGGAGGAAGUGUGCUGCUCGCGUUUUGAUGAGGCUGCAUACCAGGCUCUGUCGUCCAAGAAGCGAAAGUGUGAGCCGUACCCAGAGAUUGCGCAUUACCAUUUCGACGCCGUUGCCGCGGUGCAACUACCGGCGGUAACCGCGGACAACCCGCCGUCCGGGCCAGCAGCAUUGGCAGCGGCUGCACCUACUGGCGUGCCGUGGGAGGUCGCUGCUUCAAACCGGGCAUGCCGUAAGCGGCUUUUGGCGGCUCUCAGGCAAGCACGGCGACGCACCAUUGACCCAGCUGUGCGGGCCGACCAUGCUGAGUUAGAAAGGCAACGCCGUGCACGCCUUCGAGGAGACGUGCCGUCAUCUUCUCAGCAGUGGAGGUCCCGUACUGCAUGCGUGCAGAGGCGCAACUGCCUAACCGCACCAUGGACGUUUCUGCGGACGGCGUGGAGCGCUUUAUGGUCUGCUCGGAUUGCAUGCAGGCCUUGCAGGGUGGGCGCAUUCCGGAUGGGGCGUUGGCUCGGUUGGAUCCUGGUGACGUGCCCCCCGUAAAUCAGCAUGGUCAUGCGCUCGUGCCGCUGACGCACCUGGAGAGCUUGGUGGUGGGCCUCGCUCGCCCGCACAUGCGCCUGUUCGUUGUCCGGCAGCCGGGUACGUCCAGCUGGCGUGCAGUGGACACCUUGCCAGCGGCGUUACGUGGGCAUACACUCGCCUUCCCAAACGACGUGCCCGAGGAGUUGCAGCGUGUUGUACCGUACGCUCCCCAGGAUUUGCCCUCCUUCAUCCAGGUCGUACUAAUUGACGCCGUGAAAGAUCGUUCUGACCUUGAGGCCAAGGUGCGGCAGGCCCCGUGCCUGAAGAUGCGGGGCCUGGCUAUUGCUGCAUGGGCGGAGUGGGCCGUCCACGUGAACCCUAUGGCCCAGCUAGAUCGCGCCGCACUCCAGCAGUAUCGUUCGCUGGGCGCGGAGCCGACGGUGCCUGAGCCGUUAGUGACUCACGCGGUUGCUACAGAUGAUCCAGACGUGGCAGCAGUCAUGCGUGCUGCGUUUGAGGGAGAUCGUGGCGGCAACGCUCGGGUGCAGCAGCAGCAGGAGGAGGUGGAGGCGACCAUGGGAGACGUGCAUGCAGCAGGCACCCGAGCAGCUGGGUCAGACGCUUCAGGAGCGUCGACCAGCAUGACGACUCAACCAAUGCCCGGUGCAGCGACGGCGUCCGGUCAAGCACGGGGAGUGCCGAUAACUGGUGUCCUUGGGCAGCCAUCGCCCAUAGCGGUUCCAAUGGCCGUGCUGGACGGCACCUUUGGCGCUGUCACGUCGCCUGCAACAGCACCACCACAAGACGGAUACGCCGGACCUGGGGUACACAUGCUGGGGCUGGAUGAAGUGGAGGUGCAUCAUGGGGGUGCAUACUCAACGUACGACCCCUUGGAGAACAGUACGGAUCCGUCGGCCAUUGUGCAACGCCUUCAGCACGGUGGAGUGGUAGUUAGCGCAGCCGGUGGGCGUGGCAUACAGCCCAUGGAUGAGUACGACCCGGCAUUCUUCUCCACUUGCCACAUCGACACGUUUCCGUUUGGUGAUGAUGGGGCGCGUCCGGACGGCAUGUCCACUGAGAGGUAUGCGCAGCAUCUCGUCCGGCGGGUGCCCAGGGGGCAAUUCGCUGGGAACGCGACGUUCUUGGGUCACAUCUUUGACGUCGUCCAGAAACAGCGCACGAACCGGCUGGCGUAUGUGGUCGCGCAGAUGACGCCAAGCACACUGCACGCAUUUGAGCAGAUAAUGUCGUCCCAGAUAAUGUCGUCCGAGACGUGGCCACUGUACUUGCCGCCAGAAGCAAUGACGCUGCCAGGCAGCGUGUGGUUGCCCAGUUCGGGCAGCCCAUCCGUGACAUUGCGAAUGGUAUCCGGCGGGUCGCGGCCAAGGUUGACCUGACGGACGCGUACUAUCAGCACGCUCACGGCUUGACGAUGGCCGCUGACAACAUGGUCGGCCCUCCCAGCAUGUUCUACAACAUUAACCCCGCGGAUAUGUACAGCGACGCGGUGGCAGUUGCGGCGGGCGAAGUGGUGGAGUACGACCAGCAGACAGGCCGCCCAGUGGAUAUUCCGAGCGUCGUCCAGCGGUGGCGCCGUGUGGCGGCGAAUCCCUUUGCUUGUGCGGAGCUGCUGCGGGUUACGAGGCUUGCGCUGGACAAGUACCUGUUCGGUUACGAGCCGGGCGCCGUGCAGCAGUCCAACCCGCACUGCUUCAUGGGCCGAACGCUGUAUCACAUCAGCAAGGUGGAGCAGAGCGGGCGAAUGGCCCUGCAUGUGCACGGCGGCGCCCUGGUUGCUACCUUCGCAGUGGAGCGCCUGCAGCAGCUGUUCGAUGGCCCCAACUGCAAGGCUCUCGCAUUGGCUUACGCGGUACUCAACAUGUGGCUACCAUCGCCUUACUGUUCGCCUCGCACCCCUCACCCCUUUGCAACACCGUCAGGGGAGUCCCAACCAGUCCCAGCACGAGAUCCGCAAGUGCCGCCUGCUGCGUACGACUUCUUGACCAUUGCGAGCACUCGUGGCGGCCAGCGGGACGAGGUGGAACGCCAGGCGGCUUGUGCGCAGCAUUUGGCGCGUGUCGUGGAAGGCACCCAGCAGCACGACCAUAGUUCCACUUGUCAGCGCCACGGUUGCAGCGGGAAGGAUGGUGAUUGCGGAAUGAUGUUCCCCCGGGUCAUGCGCCUGUUGAUGUGCUGGAUAGGUGCUGCGGGCAUGUUCCUCCUUCUUCCUUCCCUUUUCUCCCUCUCCUUUUUUUUGCUAGUUUGCAUGGGCACAGGUGGUCUGGCAGGGCGGCAGGGUGCACGUCUUUUUCUCUAAGCCACUGCGGAAAGAUGCCCGAACGGAUGGUUGCUAUGUGGGCGAGUGGUGACGACGGGAAGAUGUCUACUGCUGGUAGGGUCAGUGCUCUAUGCUGAGUUACUAACGCAAUGGUGCGAGUACCAGUUUUUCGACAGGGCACAGCACGGCAUCCGCUCAUACGCAUGUAAUAUAUGAGCACCAGUGUUCGGGCGGGUACGACGGGUUUUCGCAUUCCACCACCUGUAUGCAAUGAUAUACUGCAUGUUUCCGCGGCGUCCUCAAGCCGUUCGUGCAUCUUAACCGUUUAAUUGCUAGCAGCCUCGGCGACAAUUGCUGCCACUCCUCCUGUGAAGCUUCAAGCAUCCUUCUGCAUCCUCACGCCGUACAUGCCUGCAGGCCCAUCUUUCUUCUCGACAUCACCUGCCGUUCCUACUCGUAGUCAGCUCUCUCCCGCG